GCAGGCAACUAACAUACGCCGAGCAACGCACCCCAAAACACAAACAUGGCCAAACAAGUGGUAACAACAACAUGUUUUGUUCUUUUUCACUGCAUUAUAAGUUACUGGGCGUUUAUGUCAUCUUGUAGCAUCCACUCAUCCACAAAAACCAGCAUACCAGAGAUCGCCAGGUAUUUUGGCACCAAAGGUCGCUAUGAGGAGGUUAACACGUACUUAAUAGACGAUAUUUUGGCCAUAAACAACUCCCUCGUGACGCUGCCUUCCUCGACAUGCCGCGAAAUUCAUUUGACAGCUAUAAUCCGGCACGGGACGAGGUUCCCGACCGCUAAAAACAUCGAAAAGAUGCGCGAUUUUUAUGACCUCGUCGUGCGUAAUGCGACCGACAACUUAAGCUGUUUGUCAGAGAUAAAGUCACGGUGGGAGAUGUGGUACAAGGAUGAGAUGGACGGGCGACUGGUGAACAAGGGCCGUGAGGAUCACAGGCACCUGGCGCAGAGACUCAUUAGAUGGUUCCCCUCUUUGCUGACCGAGGACAAUGUGCGUCAAGGACGCGUGAAACUGAUCACCAGCUCCAAGCACAGGUGUGUGAACAGUACCAUCGCUUUCAGAGAGGGACUAAUGACAGGACUCAGCAUGGAAGAAGAAGUUGAGUUGGAACCUGCUGUGAAUGACGCUUUGAUGCGUUACUUUGACCAGUGCGAACGGUUCGUGAAAGAAGUGGAGAACAACAAGAGUGCCUUGGAGGAAGUAAAACGUUUCAGUGAAGGCCCUGAGAUGAAAAGAGUAAUGGAGAAAAUGGCUGACAGGCUGAAGGUCCCUUACACCAGCGUCACUGAUGAUUCAAUGCAAGCAGCAUUCUUCCUGUGUUCAUACGAGUUUACUAUCCUCAAAGUGAACUCACCCUGGUGCCAGUUGUUUGACGAGGUUGAUGCACAGGUGAUGGAGUACGCUGGUGACCUGAAACAGUACUGGAAGCGAAGCUAUGGACAUGAUAUCAACAGCAAGUCCAGCUGUAUUCUUUUCCAUGAUCUUUUCUAUCGUCUUGACCAAGUUGUAACCCAUAUCAACUCGGAUGUUACUGUAUCAGAGGCUGUAACAGUGCAGGUUGGCCACGCUGAGACACUGAUACCCCUCCUCACCCUGCUGGAUCUCUUCAAGGAUGACGUCCCUCUCAAAUCAACUAACUUUGCAACCCAACAGAAUAGAAUAUUUCGCAGUGGGCGCAUUGUGCCAUACGCUGCCAAUCUGCUGGUAGUGCUCUAUAAAUGCCCGGAGGGGAUAAGAAUGGGCGUGCGACUCAAUGAGAAAUCUUUGACCUUGCCUGGACUUACCGACCCUGUCCCUGUGUAUGAGGAUGUGAAGAAACACUACAGCGCUCUACUGGGGGGUUGUGACCAAGAGACUGUGUGUAAAAUGAACUAUUCAUGAACAGAAAAGAACAAUACAACUCACAACAGCCAGCUCACUGACACUGUGAAUAACAUUUUGAAUUA